AAUUUGGAGAUAUUACUGAAGAUUUUAUAUUUCAUCUUUUAAAUCUAUGACAAUGGACGUUACAGAGCCAUUAAUAGAACAGGAACAUCAAUUUUCAUUAGUAGAAGGUGUAUACAAACUGAGAAAGCAGUUUGUUUUACAUUCUAUUACAUAUUCUUUAAAAAAUGCUGAUACAGAUCCUUUAUCAGUUGAUAUAAAUCCUAUAACAAAUAAAAUAGAGAUCAGCAUAGUAGAUAUUAAGCAGGAUAAGUGUCCAUUGAAAAUAAAACAGUUAUUUGAAGAUAAAAAUUUAUUAAUUCAGGAUGAAGUAUCAUUGGAUCAAAUAAAUGAUAUAGAAACAUUUGUAUCAUCAGAUGAUACAGAUCUAAUGAAAGAUAUAUUACUAGAAUCAAAGAACAUGGAUGAAUACAGCCUUUUAUCAGCAAAUUUAUCUUCUAAUCAAAUAUCUUUUACAGGAAAUGUUUCAGAAACAUCAAAAGAUAAUAAUACUAUGAAAUCAUAUAAUCCACUUAAUCUAAAAAGUCUAAGUCUUCCUUCAAAGAAGCUUAAACCAAAAAACAGUAUAUUAAAAACGAGUUCAUCAUUUAUUUCAAGAAUUAUUUUACAUGAUGACAUGAUCAAAUGUGUAGCUUCUAAAACAUCAGAUAUUAUUUAUAUUUUCUCAAAUGUAGAGAAGGUUUUUAAUUGGAUUGGGAUAUUUCCUGAUGCCAAGGAAGAAUUUAUUUCAAAGAUUAUUUUUUCAAAAGCACAUAUUACAUGUCAUGAUGCAAAUCAAUUUACAAAGAGUAUCAAUCAAAUUGACACUGUAUUUGGCUUUUCAACAUCAGAUAUUAUUUGGUUUGAUCCAAUUAGUACAAAAUAUACACAUUUAAAUAAACAAGGUAUUGUCAAUUCAUCGCCUGUCAAUUGCAUCAAAUGGAUACCUAGAACUGAAAAUCUUUUUAUAGUUGCUCAUAAUGAUGGUUCAUUAAUUAUAUAUAAUAAAGAAAAAGAGAAAUGUUUUUUUGCACAAGAUGACAAUUGCAUGGAAAGAUCAGAUUCAUCUGAAUUUAAAGUACUUAAAUCAUUAUCUGAUACAGAAAAUCAAAGACAUAACCCAAUUUCUUAUUGGCAAUUUUAUAAACAUUCACCAACAUCUCUUGCUUUUUCUCCUGUUUCUUGUCAUAUUGCUGUUGUAUUUUCUAAUGGUACACUAAAACUAAUAGACUAUAAGAAUGAAAAGCAUAUUGACACCUAUAAUAGCUGGUAUGGUGGUCUGAUUUGUGUAUCUUGGUCUCCAAAUGGACAAUAUAUAUUGACAGGAGGAGAAGAUGAUUUAGUUACUGUAUGGUCAUUUCUAGAUAGAAAAAUUGUUUAUCGCUGUCAAGGCCAUCAAUCUUGGGUGACUGGUGUAUCAUUUGAUCCAUGGAGAUGUAAUAAAAACCAUUACAGAUUUGGAAGCGUUGGAGAAGACGGUAGAUUAUUAUUAUGGGAAUUUGAUGCUGAUUCUCUUGAUAAAACUAAGGAUUUUGAUCAAUCCAAUGGACAUUCUCCCCUCAAAAACAAUCAUAAAACUAUCACAACACCUUUUCUUGACACUAAAACACAAAAGGAUUCUUUAAAUACCUCUUCUGAACCUCUAUAUCAUGCACCAAUGUCAUAUGCAUCUGUAUCUAUUCUUUCACCUAUCAUGUCUAAAAUAAUAAGCGAUCAAUCACUGUCUGGCCUUGUAUUUUGCCAAAACUUUAUAGUUAUUUCUGGAAAAAAAGAUUUCAUUCAAAUAUGGGAUAGACCAUAAUAUUCACCAUGUAAAUCUCUAUCUAUACAUGCUUUUUCUUCUUCA